AUGCGACCCAGGCUCUCGCCUGUGCGCGCCCACCCUGGCACGCCACCAGUGGAUGACGGGGAGCUGGUCACGCCAGACCCCGCCCCGGAGGUCCUUCCCUUGGAACUGGGGGAUGCAGAGCUGAGGGAGGCCACGGGCCUGCAGGACGGGCUGGCGGGGUCCGACUUCCCCGCCCAGGACGCCGCCGACGAGCGGGCGGAGGAGGCCGCCGCCGCCGCGGCUCAGGACGUGGACGCCGCGGCCACGCGCCACUGGGUGUCGCUGCCCAGCCUGCCCGCCUCGCUGGCGGAGCGGCCCGCGCUGCGCUACGCGGCACUGGGCCUGGGCGGCUUCCUGGCGCUCAACGUGGUGCUGGUUGGGGUCAAGGCUCUGCGCAAGGCGCUGAGCCCGCAGCAGCGCCGGCACCGCACCGUGAACAAGAACCAGCUGGUGGUGACCACGCUGGCGCAGUACCUGCCGUCCAACCGCGCGGGGCUGGCGGGGAGCAUCCUGGGCUCCCUCCGCUUCCGCACCGGUUUCAACAAUGUGGAGAUCUUCAGGAAGUACCUCUGGUACCUCCUGCGCGAGCGCGCCUUCAAGCAGGAGGCCGUGGACGACCUCCUGGCCCUGAAGGCCGCCCUCCAACUCACAGACUCCGAGGUUGCCGCUGCGCUGCGGGAACGGGCCCAGCGCAUCUACGACAAGUACGGCAACGUGAUGCUGGACACCUCGGGGAUGACGGGGGCGGGCAUUGAGCGCAAGGCCACCAGCAGGGCCCUCUUCUCCAAGCUCCAAUACUUGACGCAAGUCGAGGGGUUGCUCUCUCCCGAGGCUGCCAAGGAGGUGGAUCUCAGAAAGAUAUUUGGUGCCACAGAGGACGAUGUGGCGAGACUGAGGAUCGUCAGCCUGCAGGACGUGGACCUGGAGGCGCUGAUGGAACAGAGCUCGGCAGUAGAGCCCAAGAAGGAGGAGCCUGGAGCCCAGCUGUGA